AUGGCAUCUACUAGCAGCAGUAACGCACCAUUCACCAGUCCAUACCUGCAUGCUACUAAUGUAUUCGACAAUCACGGCGCAAGGACAAGAAAAAACAGACUCGGUCGUGGUGAGGGUUCAGGAAGAGGCAAAACUUCUGGUCGUGGCCAUAAAGGUUGGCACGCUCGUGCUCCCCGUGCUCUACCUCACAGAGGCUACGAGGGCGGCCAGACUGGUAUCGUCAAGGCUCUCCCUAAAUUCGGAAGGAGACCAACCAACCGUGAACAGCUGGUUCACUUACAUCUCGACAAGCUACAACACUGGAUUGAUACUGGUCGCAUCGACCCAACUUCCCAAAUCACCAUCAAGGAACUGUAUCAAUCCAGACUCAUUGGUGGCAUGAAGGAUGGUGUUGUCUUGUUAGCUAAUGGAGCAGAAACUCUCACAUCUAAAAUCAACAUCCAAGUAUCCCGAGCAUCCAAACAAGCUAUAGAAAGUGUCGAGUCGCUGGGUGGCAAGAUAACAUGCGUGUAUCUAGACAAGGUGUCGCUGCAUGCUGCUAGGCACCCUUCGAAAUAUUUCAUUGCUCCUUCUUUGGUACCUAUACCCAAGACUGAAAGAGAUGUUGCACGGUAUGCUAGUGCUACAUACCGAGGAUACAUUGCUACAAACAAGGAAUCAACAUCCAUUCCUAAAGUUGUGGCUCAACAUAGAUUCUGGUCAUAA